AUGUUUGCGUGUGGGGAGAUGGGACAUAUUUCGACAUAUUGUCCGGGCAGAGCAGAGAGAAUACGUUGCGCAGGUUGUGAAAGAUUUGGACAUGUGUUAAAGGAUUGCCGAGUGGGAAAGGUAUGUUUUCCACAGAGAGGAGAGACUUCGGGGGCCGUGAAUAUGAGGAGUAUGACGGAGAUAGCUGGAAAAGGAGGAAAGGAUAUUGAAGAGGAGAUGACGUGUUUCAAGUGCCGAGAAAGAGGACAUUGGGCCAGAGAUUGUGAUAAAGAUUGA